AUGCUCCGUCUCGCGAGGAAGAUCUCCGGCGGCCCCGCGCUGCGCUGCAACUCCCAGCGCGAGCACGCAUCGUACCUGGAGUCCGUCGCGGCGACGCAGGCGCCGAACAACCUCCCCUGUGUCCUCGCGAUGCUGUCGGCGAUGGGGUGGCAGGAGUGCGACCCCGCGGCGCGCGCGGGCCUCCACCCGUUCAUCGUGCCGCUCGCGGAGAAGGGAGACACGAAGGAGGUGAUCGGGGUGCUGGUGUGGCCGCAGCCGAAGCUGCACAAGGACAUGACGUCGCCCAUCGUGGCGAUGGCCCGGGGGGCGCCGAGGGUGCGGCUCUGUGCGCGCUCGGCGGACGAGUGGAUCAAGCGGCAGCUGUGCGAGGAGGAUGUCAAGGGCGAGAGCACGGCGCUGCAGGAGGCGGCGGGGAACAUCGGUUUGAGUCUGUACAAGUCCGGAGACUAUGCGAAAUCAGGACUGAGCCGGUUGGACGCCUUCAUGACGCGCAGCGUGGGACUCUUCCCGGACGUGUGCGAGAACCUCGCGGCGCACCACUUCGCGAACGGCGACCAGAUGUCGGGCCUCAUCGCCGCCGAAUGGUACAUGAAGAGCGGGGCCAAGUUCCCCGGCUGGGGCCGCCCGUUCGAGUUCAACGCGAUGGAGUACCUCCGCCUGGGGCGCGACGACGAGGCGCGCGACACGAUGAAGAUGGCGCUGAACAUGCAGCCGUGGUGGACGCUGCACGGGGACUUCGGGACGUGGAUCGAGGUCGCCAAGUUGGCGGGUCCGGGGCCCGCGGACGUGAUCAAGCGGCUCAAGGAGGAGAAGGAGGUCGCGGAGAUGCGGCAGGGGAUGCACAAGGAGCCGCGCACGCCCGAGGAGAUCGCGCUGGAGGAGGCGGCGGCGGUGAUGAACAUCGUGGGGGCGGCGGCGCCCGACAGCGCAGACGCGGACUGGGCGGGCACGGUGCCGGAGCUGGUGCGGCUGUACGGGGCGGCGGGGCUUGCGGAGUUCGCGAGGUUCGUGGAGGGCGCGCGGUGA